AUGUCGAGAGAGUCGGCCAUAGUGCGAGCUCGAGGCGAUGGCUACCGCGCGCUGAAACAGCACGCUAGGACGUGCACAGGCAUGCUGAGCAAGAUCUCGACACGCGUUACCACUUGGCUUCUGAUCACGAUGCGAGAAGAAGAGUCGUUGCCUUUCUGGAAAGUGAACGUGCCUCAAGAGCGAUGGGCAGCCGAGUGUCCCGAGUUUCUGCGAAACAUCAGUGAAAAGGACCAGCGCAUCAUUGGAACGCCAGAUGAGGGAUACAGGCUGUUGACAUGGCCGGAGGUGCGGGACAUUGUCAGAAUCGACCGUGUUGACAAGUUCCAGCGCAAGCCAUCAGAGUUGCGCCGGUACAGGGCGUUCACGUAUCGCUUGAUCCAGGAGUAUGGCAGCAUCAUGUCCUUUAUCGUGAAUGAGCGACUGCAGUGGGAGAGCAUGCAGGCCAGGGGCAAGCCCUUUGAGUACGAUGAGGACAUGAAGAUCCUGUACAACGACUGGCCGUAUGGCAUUGACCCAGACAUUGUGCACCUGGUGGUGUGGACCAAGUUCGAGCUCGAAGACGACGAGGAGACCGGCCUCUGCACGGCAGAAUCGCGCAAAGAGAUUGAUGACUACGUUCAGCAAACGUUUGCGCCCAAAGUAAAGGAGCUCGUAUGGUUCAAGAACUGGAAGAGUCUGAAGAGCGUUCACGCCGUGGAGCACUUCCACGUCAUGCUGUACAAGCCGGACCGCGACUUUCUGCACGAAAUCACGAACGGCGACGUGCCCAUGACGGAAAAGUUUGAGUGA